GGUGCCGGUACUACUCUCAAUAUUGGUGCUGGCGAUGCAUCACCCCGCUGACGUCUUCGUAAAUCAAAUGAAGAUCGCCGAAUAUGCAAUCUCCCUAAUACCAAAUGGAAGCCAUAUUCACAUCGGAAUCUUCGCGUAUAAAUACUUCGAAUUGUUCGACGAAAGCAAGGAGAAAUAUGAAAACCAAAUGCUGCAAUUAUUAUAUAAUUCCAAUUAUACGUUGUAUAUAAGCGCGUCCUCAGUAACAUUACAGUAUAUACACAAUUUCAAGAUACCCCCAGGACUGCCGCAAAUCGGAUUGAUCCUUGGUUCUGAAAGCAGAGUAACUGGAGACAUGACGGGGAUCAAGCGGUUGAAGAAAAAGACUUUUGUAGUCGUUGAUAUUACGUCCCCGUCAAAAGGUCUUGCUGACCUGGCUACAAGUCCUGACCACGUGUUUUCACCGUUUGCUUUCGAUGCCAACCGGUUCUCUAACUUACUUAAUAACGAUGCGCAACUGCUAUGCGACACCGACAUGUAUUUGCCUUCUUCUGCGAAUGGAAGUUGUCAGCCUUGCAUGAACCCGUGUGGGGCAAUGUUGCCUCUCAACUGCACGACACGUGAUAUACAACGACAGUGCAAAUACUAUACAUUCGAACAAACGAACACGGCCUCAAUCGUAUUUGCUCAGACAUCCACACCGGGCUACUCUACACCACCAGACUUCCAUGACAACACAAGGCUGAGUCGUACAACAAUAACUGGAAUCACCAUUUCAUGCUUUAUAUUAGUGUUUAUUGUUUCACUUGUAUUGUAUUAUGUCGUGAGACCACAAGUGGUGAGAACAUGGUUCCAAAAUUUACGCUCACAAUGUUUUGAUUGUUUAGCUUCUAUACUCUCCCCAAAACCACAUAGACGGUUUGACGGCGUAAGACAUGGUGUUAUUUCUGAUGACAUUUCAGACGACGAACUCUUAGAUGACAUUGUGGGGAAUGAUAUAACAUAAGAUGUUUGCAUGAAAGUAAUAAGCAAUUAAUUUAAGUACAAAAUAAUAUAUAAGUAACAGUAUUUCCACAAGGUUUCAUGUAUAACGUUCAGUUUUUGCUGUCAACGUCUACAAUGUCUUAUUGUUAUGUAGUAAAAAAUAAUAGGACGAAAUGUUUUCACAAACACAACAAUAUAACUAUGACUAACGUAUAAUUAAUAAUUUACAUGUUUAUAAAUACAUGUAAUAUUUAAUGAAUAUCAUUACAAAAAUAAGCUAGUUAAUAGCAGUUUUAUAAAGGGUGUGUAACUGAAUAUGAUUGGACGAACUUUCUUUUCAAAGCGCAACGAUAUAAUUUUGAAAAAUCGUUUAAAAUCAUUUUUGUAUGCAUAACGUAUACAUUGAAUGUCAAAAAAACACAUUAUAGUAUUAAAAGCAGUGUCAUGCUGUUAACUUUCAGUAAGGGAUGUAAACUUGUUCUGUGUCUUGACUUUAAUUGUAUUCAACUUAUUUGAAACUAUUUUACUUUACUUGUAUGUAUGUCACUGAAAAUUGACAUACUAAACUAGGCGUUGAUAAUUUCUUCUACGGCCUUAUUGCUGCUUCUUCCUGCAUUGCACGACGAUGAUCUGAUUGAUCUGAAUGUAAAUAUUCUAUGAUGAUAUGUCACAUAAGCUUGUUAAUAAAGACGUUAUGUAUUUGA